CUUCGAUCAGUUUAUACCCUUAUGAGAUACAAAUUUGUAUCGUUUCAGAAUUGUAACAUUUCCCAAAUAAAUUGAAUCCAAGUACAAGCAAGGUACCUAACACAAAGAAAAGGGCAUCUCCAAUGAAAUGGAAUAAUGAUCAAGAUGAGGCACUCUGCAAACAAAUCUUAUUGAUUGAACCUUUUCAGUACAGAGCAAGAACCAUUAGAAGUGGAAGUGCUUGGUCAAAAAUUGCUAUAGAGUUUAACCAAAUGACCUCUUUACAUUUUGACAGACUCUUGGAUAACAGGGCAGUGAGAGAUAGAUUCAAUACAAUUAAAGACAAUUUCAAAGGAAAGGUGCGAGCAGAAGAAAUUGCAUCUGGGAUAUCCCCACCAGAGUUGACUCCCACAGAAAAUGCAAUAGAGGAUAUCAUUGAAAGAGAGAAAGAAGCUGAAUGUAUGUUUUGUAUAGAAGAUGCUGAAAAUAGCAAAAGUGUAGAAAAACAAAUACAGACUGGAGAGGAAAUGAGACUGCAAUCAUUGGAGACCUUUGCUGAAACGAGGAAGCAAAACACUGCAAAUGAUGAGGGUGGUGAUGUGGAACCAACCAAAGCUAAGAAAAAGAGACGUACAGGCACAGAUACCCUGAUAUACCUCCAAGAAAAGACAGAGAAAGAAAUAGAGUUGAAAAAAGAAGAGUUGGCUCUGAAAAAAGAAGAACAAGAGGAACAUUUUGCAGGGCAAAAGGAUAUGAGGCAGCAGCAAAAUCAAAUAUAUCAGGGAUUUAGUAAAAUGCAAGAGACCAUGCAAAGUCAAAUGCAGAAGCAAGUUGAGCUUCAACAACAACAAAUGCAACAGAACAAUCAAUUGAUGAUGAUGAUGAUGCAAAUGAUGCAAAACUCAAAGAAAGGUUAAUAACUUGAAUUUACUCAGACGUGACUCAAAUGUUGAUGUUAAGAAUAAUUAUUGUUCUGUUAUCUGCCAUUUACAAUGAUUUUAAUUUUCAGAUGCUGUAAUUUAUUUAUUUUUAUAAUAUACACCUAUUCCAAGAAAUGUUGUCCAGGCCAAAGUCAAGAAGCUCACAACCAAAAUGAAUGCUGGAUUGGCAAGUGAUAUGUGAACAUGCAUGUGAAACUGUUCAUGUCUGUAUUUGUUCUCUCGAAACAAGUAUGAUUUGAAUAUAUAAAUAGAUUACUGGACUACCUAGCAUUUAUUGCGGUGUCAGCUUCCCACAUGGGCAAAGUUUUUUGGAAUAGGUUUAUGUUAGCGUGAUGACAUGUAAUUUGUAAAACAAAAAUCUAACAGUGGACUAAUAGUCAAUUGGAACAUGCAUCUUAAACUUGUAUCUAAUACACUAGGACCUAUUUCAUGGGUUAAAUGUAACAUCACUCAUCAUUUAUGUUGCUGUUUGUCACUUGUCAGAGAUGGCAGAACAGUUGGAGCUGGGGGGAGCUUUACCCCAUUCACACACACACGAAAACAAAAUCACACUGUUUUCCUUUUUUGCCUUAGUAAAAAUUUUUUUAGGAUGUGCAGCCAGAAAAAGAAAUUCUAGCACUCCCCACUCCACACAGCCACAAAUGUGCAAGCUCUGCCAUCCUUGCUUGUGUUUCUAUAUACUAAAAUACCCUUCAGUCUUUUAGCAUGUAGAGAUAGGGGGUCAAAAACUGAACAAUACACUAAUAUAAUAAAAUCUAAGCAGUCAGAUAUAUAUUCAUAUUCCUUAUAUUUAUAUUAAAGCACUUAUAUCAUUGUUUGUCACUUGUGUUUUUGUAUAUACAAUCUUUAGUCUUCUAGUAUGUUGAAAUAAGGGACCUCGAUCCCACUGAUGCAUGUAGCCAUUUUAGCAGUUAAUAAACCAGAACAAGUGAGGUCAAAACUGACUCUAAGUGUA